GCACUUUUUACUAAACUUCCUUGUAUCCUUGUAUCCUUGUAUAGCUUAACUACAUUUCUCAGUAGCUUGGUGGUAGUGUAGCUUUUUUCUGAAGCAGCUUCUCAAAAGCUUUUUUGACCUGUUUUUUUGACCAUGUAGUGCUGUAGCUUUUACAACAGCUACUUUCUAGAGCAUUUGUGGAGCUCACAGUAGAACUUUCUUCUGGCCAACCAUACAUUCAACAAACGAUUUGCCUAUUACAAGUUUGUUUACCAUCAAAUUGGCUUCGUAAAGGUUAUAUUAAGGUGAAAAUCUUGCAUAGUGUACCUUUAACUAUGCUGACCUCUUAUAGCAAGUCUCCUCAGCUGUUAGUCCCCUCUAUUUUUUUAACAUUCAAAAAGUUGUAGUCAAACAGAAAUAAAAUAUAUAUCAGAACGUCACCUAUUACAUGUCGUUCAGACAUGGUGUCAAGGUUGUUGAAACAAAUUGAUUCAAAUAAUGUUAGCAUUUUGAUCCCAUAGUCAGAGAGAGAGAAUUAAAAGCAUCUUGUGAAACAGGUGCCUCAGGUGGGGGAAGUGAGGGAGGCAGGUAGAGGGUUCAGGCCUGAAGGGAAGCUUGAGGUUCUCGCUCGCUCUGUUCCCGGUUCAUGCUUCCCCUCACCCCAUCUAAACUUCUGCACUGGGGACCAAAAGUGCCAGAGAGGACCAAGCAAAGCCUCAGACCAGUGUAUGCAGGUCACUGUCCAGCACAGUAAAAUCUUUCCACAAAUCAGUCCUCCAGCACAUCACAAACAUGCUUUGGAUCUACUUCCUUGGAUUGUUUCUCGUGGUAAAUCCAUUUGAAGAGGCAGGUAUGUUUUUCAUUUAUAGAUCACUCGCGAUAAUGAUAUGAAGAAUGCUGUCAUUGUGCAUUACUUUCAAAACGAUUUCAUGGAUGAUAAACACUUAAGGCUAAUCACAACCUAAAAGGCAUCAUAAAAUAUGCAUUGUCAGAGGUUUUCUUUAUGGCCAGUGUGAAUGCUAAUUUUGGUAUACAUAUAGUUACAGUUGUCAUUAUAUCAUAUAUGAUGUCUUUAUAUUUUUUGUUUGCUGUGUGGAUGUGCCUUAAGUGUAGAUACUCAAGAUGCUGCAAGGUACAGUAUUGCAAUAUAGAUUAGUAUGGAGUUUGUUUCACAUGGAGUAUAUAACUGUUCCUCAUUUGAAUUUGUGUUUAAUAUUAAUGUAGAGUACAUUUUAUGUCGUUCUAAAUGGAAUUUCAGAGACUUUUCUGAGAAUCAAGUUUGUUUCUGGUUAGUUCUGGAGCCCCUCACCCUUCCAGUGGUGUUUACUGAAAGAACAAUGGAUCAGGGAAAAUAUGUCUUCACAAUAAACUCCUGGACCAUCGAAAAUCUCUCUCUGAUAGUGGAGGCUAACCACGGUGGCCACAUCUUUGUGGAAGGCAAGAAUGCCACCUUGAGGUGUGAAACCUCCUCCAAGCACCACUUUGUUGCCUGGAGCUGGGAAAGAUCAGAAGGGGAAGGGGUGUGGGAGAAAGUGGACACUGGGAAGCAACUGGUGUUGAGCAGAGUGGAGGAUAAUGGGAACUACCGUUGCCAUGGCUACAGUAAGACAUUGAAUGCCUCAAGCCUGGCCUAUGAGGUCUACUUCUUAUCCACAUCAUCCUCAGUUUUAGAAAUACAGGGAGUAACUAGGUUGGCUGCAGCUGCACUGGUUCUGAGCCUGCUGGCCUUGCUCUUCCUCGCGGUGCUGGUUCUGUGGCUCUGGGUCCAUCGGAUCAAAGAGGCAUCCAGCCUAACCACCAGAACCGCUGAGCCAAAUGACUAUGGCUCAAAAAACCCUCACAGUCCUCCAGUAGAUGAUGGAGACAUCUACAUGAACAGUCUGGAGAUCGAGAAGGCCUACUCCGACCUGAACCCCACAUUCAGAGCGGAGGACCAAAGCUAUGCCACACUGGCUUGACAAGACAGGAUAAAAAAAUAACACUCAAACACACCUUCAACUAGAUGAGACUUGUCUGAGAGAAUCUAACAAUUUGAUAACUAUGCUAUAUUUACACUCAAUAAAGAAGACAGCAUAGUGUUUUA